GACAUAGUUUACAGUUCCUCAAGUUCAGUGCUGGGGGGUUUUUGGUGACUUGGUCUACUGGAAUUACGAGAAGUUUUUGGUGGACAAAGAGGGCAAGGUUGUAGAGUGAUACACACCUACAACAUCCCCUCUCGGGAUGAAGGUUGUACAGCAACAUAUGGCUCCUUUAUCUAUAAUGUCUAAACAGGAAACCGCCGACACCAAAACCCUAAAAAAGAAAAAGAAAAACGAACACUUCUCGUCGAUCAGUUGCUCGAUCUUAGUCUGGUACCUUCGAAAUUCUCAUGGUACCUUCAACCCUCCAUUGAAAUCGAAAUUCUCACAGUACCCUCUGAAUUGCGGAAGAUUACAAGCUUUCUCACUUUCACCAGAACAAAACAGAACUGAACAGAAUACUGGAGGGUUAGGGGUUGAUGGGUUUGAAGACAGAGGUUGCAGGGCUGAUGGGUCAGAUAUGGGCUGCAGGAUCAAGUUCAAAUUUAGAUUUUAUCGUCAGGUUCAGGUUUGGGCUGCAGGGUCAGGUUCAAGCUACCUGAAGACACGAAAACACUACCUACAUUGGUCUGGGGAUGUUGAUUAACUUUAAGUGGUAGAGGCUGUGAACACUCUUAAUAUUUCCCAUUAGUGCUUGUGCCUGAACUAUCUAGCUAGUGUUCCUUCUUGUUUGUAGUUCUUUACCUUGGGUUAUUCUGUAGUCUACCUGUAUUUUUUCUUAGGAUAAUUAUUUUCUUGCUCAUAUAAAUUAGGUUUUAUUUGUUUUAAGUCACUAAUAAUUACUGCUAGGAGUUGAUUAGUAUAAAGAAAUCAAAACUGAAAAUCUGCAUUGUAUCUUUAUCUGGUGCAUUCACUCUAAAAUCCUAGAAUAGCCUUUGAUUUGAGAUGUUAAUUAUACCGGUUAUUUACUAAUUGAUUAUCGCCAUUGGGCACCAAA